CGUUGCGUGCUCGCUCGCGCCAGGCGAGGCUCCGCGUCUCCCUCGCGAACUCGGUGAAAGGAAUUGGCGCCGUUCGACACCAGGCGGAUCCGCUCUGCAGCAGGAACCCACCUCCAGCCGCAGCCGCAGCCGCAGCCGCCGCCCGGGCCGAGGAGCAGCCUCAGCCGCCGCCAGUGGCCGAGUGAGCGGAGCCGAGUUUGAGACAGCGCCUAGCGGUGAAUCGGGGCCUCACCAUGAGUUCCUCGCCUGUUAAUGUGAAAAAGCUGAAGGUGUCGGAGCUGAAGGAGGAGCUCAAAAAGCGGCGCCUGUCCGACAAGGGCCUCAAGGCCGAGCUCAUGGAGCGUCUCCAGGCCGCGCUGGACGACGAGGAGGCCGGGGGCCGCCCCGCCAUGGAGCCCGGGAACGGCAGCCUAGACCUGGGCGGGGAUUCCGCCGGGCGCUCGGGAGCAGGCCUCGAGCAGGAGGCCGCGGCAGGCGGCGAUGACGACGAGGAGGAAGAGGAGGAGGAGGAGGAAGGGAUAGCCGCCCUGGAUGGCGACCAGAUGGAGCUCGGGGAGGAGAACGGCGCCGCGGGGGCGGCCGACUCGGGCCCGAUGGAGGAGGAGGAGGCCGCCUCGGAGGACGAGAACGGCGACGACCAGGGCUUCCAGGAAGGGGAGGAUGAGCUCGGAGACGAAGAGGAAGCCGCGGGCGACGAGAACGGGCACGGGGAGCAGCAGCCUCAACCGCCGGCGGCGCCGCAGCAACAGCCCCAGCAGCAGCGCGGGGCCGCCAAGGAGGCCGCGGGGAAGAGCAGCGGCCCCACGUCGCUGUUCGCGGUGACGGUGGCGCCGCCCGGGGCGAGGCAGGGCCAGCAGCAGGCGGGAGGUAAGAAGAAGGCGGAAGGCGGCGGAGGCGGCGGUCGCCCCGGGGCUCCGGCGGCGGGAGACGGCAAAACAGAACAGAAAGGCGGAGAUAAAAAGAGAGGUGUUAAAAGACCUCGAGAAGAUCAUGGCCGUGGCUAUUUUGAGUACAUUGAAGAGAACAAGUAUAGCAGAGCCAAAUCUCCUCAGCCACCUGUUGAAGAAGAAGAUGAGCACUUCGACGACACAGUGGUUUGUCUUGAUACUUAUAAUUGUGAUCUACAUUUUAAAAUAUCAAGAGAUCGCCUCAGUGCUUCUUCUCUUACUAUGGAGAGUUUUGCUUUUCUUUGGGCUGGAGGAAGGGCAUCCUAUGGUGUGUCAAAAGGCAAAGUCUGUUUUGAGAUGAAGGUUACAGAGAAGAUCCCAGUAAGGCAUUUAUAUACAAAAGAUAUUGACAUACACGAAGUUCGGAUUGGCUGGUCACUAACCACAAGUGGAAUGUUGCUUGGUGAAGAAGAAUUUUCUUAUGGGUAUUCUCUAAAAGGAAUAAAAACAUGCAACUGUGAGACUGAAGAUUAUGGAGAGAAGUUUGAUGAAAAUGAUGUGAUUACAUGUUUUGUUAACUUUGAAAGUGAUGAAGUAGAACUCUCCUAUGCAAAGAAUGGACAAGAUCUUGGCAUUGCCUUCAAAAUCAGUAAGGAAGUUCUUGCUGGACGACCACUCUUCCCGCAUGUUCUGUGCCACAACUGUGCGGUUGAGUUUAAUUUUGGUCAGAAGGAAAAGCCAUAUUUUCCAAUACCUGAAGACUAUACUUUUAUCCAGAAUGUCCCCUUGGAGGAUCGAGUUAGAGGACCAAAGGGGCCUGAAGAGAAGAAAGAUUGUGAAGUGGUUAUGAUGAUUGGCUUGCCAGGAGCUGGAAAAACUACCUGGGUUACUAAACAUGCAGCAGAAAAUCCUGGUAAAUACAACAUUCUUGGAACAAACACCAUAAUGGAUAAAAUGAUGGUGGCAGGUUUUAAGAAGCAAAUGGCAGAUACUGGGAAACUAAACACGCUGUUGCAGAGAGCUCCACAGUGUCUUGGAAAGUUUAUUGAGAUUGCUGCCCGUAAGAAGCGAAAUUUCAUUUUGGAUCAGACAAAUGUGUCUGCUGCUGCCCAGAGGAGAAAAAUGUGCCUGUUUGCAGGCUUCCAACGAAAAGCUGUUGUAGUUUGCCCAAAAGAUGAAGACUAUAAGCAAAGAACACAGAAGAAAGCAGAAGUAGAGGGAAAAGACCUACCGGAACAUGCAGUCCUCAAAAUGAAAGGAAACUUUACUCUGCCAGAAGUAGCUGAGUGCUUUGAUGAAAUAACGUAUGUUGAACUUCAGAAGGAGGAAGCCCAAAAACUUUUGGAGCAAUAUAAGGAAGAAAGCAAAAAAGCUCUUCCACCGGAAAAGAAACAGAACACAGGCUCAAAGAAGAGCAAUAAAAAUAAGAGUGGCAAGAACCAGUUUAACAGAGGUGGUGGCCAUAGAGGGCGCGGUGGAUUCAAUAUGCGUGGUGGAAAUUUCAGAGGAGGAGCUCCUGGGAAUCGUGGUGGAUAUAAUAGGAGGGGCAAUAUGCCACAGAGAGGUGGUGGCGGUGGCGGAAGUGGUGGAAUUGGCUAUCCAUAUCCUCGUGGCCCUGUUUUUCCCAGCCGAGGCGGUUAUUCAAACAGAGGGAAUUAUAACAGAGGUGGAAUGCCUAACAGAGGGAACUACAACCAGAACUUCAGAGGACGAGGAAACAAUCGUGGCUACAAAAAUCAAUCUCAGGGCUACAACCAGUGGCAGCAGGGUCAAUUCUGGGGUCAGAAGCCAUGGAGUCAGCAUUAUCACCAAGGAUAUUAUUGAAUACCCAAAUAAAACGAACUGAUACAUAUUUCUCCAAAACCUUCACAAGAAGUCGACUGUUUUCUUUAGUAGGCUAACUUUUUAAACAUUCCACAAGAGGAAGUGCCUGCGGGUUCCUUUUUUAGAAGCUUUGUGGGUUGAUUUUUUUUUUUUCUUUUCUUUUUUGUACAUUUUUAAUUGCAGUUUUAAAGUGAAUCGUAAGAGAACCUCAGCAUUGUGCACGAUAAGAGAAUGUGUCAGUAUUUCAGGGUUCUACAUUUUAUCUGUAAAAUGUGACUUUUUUUUUAUCACAACAAAAGUAAAAUGUUGCUUUGUACCUGGUGUCUUUUAUUAAGAAUUUACUCCCCCCAUUUCUCAGAGAUAACAGUCGGGAGUUAUUGUCACAAUAUAAUAGAAAUGUUAGCAACCAGAUUCAUGUAAGGACUAAGUGGUCCUCAUGAAUUGCAUAAGACUCUGUACUGCUCGUAUUACACUCCAUCCUCUCUGUAGUUUGCUGAGUAGUGGAGGGGUAAGCUAAAUAGUAGUUUUUGACAGUAACUGGGAAGGCUCUUUCUUUUUAAAUAAUGCAAUUGGCAUAUUUGGGAAUGAAGAUAAAAUUUGGAACUAAGAUAGAGAAGAUGGAGUGUAUGUAGAAGGGCUGUUAAAAAUGUAAAACUUGGUUGCAUUAUUUGUGGAGGCUCAAACUUGUGAAGGUUAAAUACCAUAAUUUUUCCAUUUGUUCUGCAUUUUGAUUCUGAAAAGAAAGCUGGCUUUGCCCAUUUCUUAUUAAAAAAACUUGUUGUAAAUCCAGUUGUCUAAUGGGAUCUAUAUGAAGUUAGCUAUGUCUGUAUGCCCUUCUCCCACAAAAUACUGUAUAACUAGUGUGCUUGUAGUAGUUAACUCCACCAUCUUUGUAAGCUAAUGAAAUUGUGAGUCACCCAUUUAUAUCUUAAUUUUUAAUCAUGUCAGUUCUUGAAUGGGUAUCUCCUUAGCCUGCUGAUUUCUUUUUCUUUCUAAAGAAAGUGGGUGGAGAAAUUAAUUUAGAC